GAGGGAGCUCCGGGUAGAGCCGCUGCUGCCGCUGGCCGACCUGGAGCGCUUCACGCUGCAGUCGGCGACCCCGACGGACGUGGCCUACCUGGACUGGUGCCAGGCCCUCUGCGGCCGGCGCAUCGCCGACGGCGGGCCGGCCGGAACGGCCGCGGCCACGUGGGAGGCGGCGCUGGUGCUGCGAUUUGGCCGGGAACAGGGGUUGCCCGUGCACACGGUGCGCUACGAGGCCAGCGGCCGCGAAGCGAGCUUGCUGCUCCACCUCCGCAGGGUGGUGGUCUUGGGACCGCCGCUCGGCGGCGAGCGCGAGGUCGGCGGGGCCAGCGACGAGCCGCAGGCGACCUCGCCGGAGCACGCUUCCUCCAGCGGCGCGCCGGUGCAGUUCGGCGCCGGUAGCCAGGUGCAGGCGCGUUUCCGGGACGGGACUUGGUGCAGGGCCACGGUGGAGAAGGACGUGGGUGACGGCACUUUCCGCAUCAGGUGGGAGAACGGCACCCAGACCGACACCGCCAAGGGGCCCGAUGACCUGCGCCCGCUCCCCGGCGGCGGCAGGCGGACCUGCCAAAGGGUGCAGGUCACGCGGGACGGCGGCACGGUCGCGGGAAUCGCGGUCUGGGAGCACACGUCUGGCGCGCUUGACGUGGUCGACCAGGACCUGGGCUGGCGUUACUCACACAUCCACUUGCGAACGCAGCUCCGCAAGCAGAUGCAGGGCGAGGGCGCCGAGGUCGAGGUUCGCAGCGGGCCGGGCGGCCAGAUCGCGGAUGGAAGUAUCAGCUGGGGCAUGCCGGUCGCGCGGAGUGACCCAGACGAUGGAAUAGAGAAGCAGAAGAUCGGGCGCGGAACGGAUGAGCGCGGAGAUGGACUUGCGCUGACUGACCUGGGCCAGGAGAUCCGGCCGACGCGGGCCUGCCCCGAGAUGGCUGCCGACGCGGUGUCCCCGGUGGCCAAGGACGGCAGCGGUCUGAGGACGCUCGUGCCGGAAGCGGACGGGGCUCCCGCGGCCCCGCCCCUCACCGUGCUGGCCAUCUUCCUCGCGCAGCGGUCGCUCGCCGAGGAGGGCCAGGUCGCCGAGGGGGCGGGCGGAGCGGGGUAG